UGUGUUUUGAUUUGGUUAUAAUGAAGAUGGUUACAAUUUGAAGAAGAUGUGAUUGACCUACAGAACUGGCAGGUUGUAGAUUUUGUUGCUUUAGGAAAAGCAGAUGGAUUUUACUACACUACAGGCUUAGGCCCUGCUAAUCUGGGAAAAAUGCUUUGUCCCUAUAUAACAAGGGCCGAAAUGACCGCAUUUCCUCCGGUGGAGGCAAAUAUCCCUCGGCUGGAGAUGCCCAGCAGCACGCGCCCGGAGCCUGGGAGCAGCGAGGCCUUUCCUGGCCAUCACCCUGCGUGUGAAGGUGCAGAAGCAACGAACCCCCGAGGUAAAGCGCUGCGCGAAGUUCCCGCAGCUGGGAGCGCUCGGGCCGCUGCAGCUCGCCUUGCUGCACGCACGAACUUCUCCUCGUACCCGGGGUCGGCACGGCCACGUCCUGAGGGCACGCGCAACCCCGCACAGCUCCUUCCCAGCCUCGCAGUGAAGGCUGGCGGCGGGACGUGGCACCUCGGGGCCGUGUUUACCACAGAGCCGCCUGUGUGGGGGUCCGCCACCGGGGCCUCAUUCCCACCCCCGCCGCCGCCCCGCUCCCUCUGUUUCCCUUUCCCGGCCCUUGUGUCGUGUCUUCCCGAGGCUCGGUGCCUCUCGGCCCCACUCACGCUGUUCCUGAGGCGGAGGCGGGCCGGGCGCCGUGAAACUCGGAGCCGGAUCCCGUCACACGGCCCCGACCCAGCGGCAGGGGGAGCGGCCUGUGUGGGAGGCGGUCUGCGGCUGUCCGCGGGAACUUGCGGCUCUUCGUGGAAGAAGUCCGUCGGGGGAACUCUGUGCUGUUUCGAAACACUUCGAGCGGCUGCGGGGCGAAGUCCGCCUCCCGCGCCCUCGGAGGUUGUAGUGACACGGGUAGGAGCGAGGCGUACGGCAGGCGUUUGGAGGGCAGCGGAAUCGCACUUCAAAGUGUCACCGAGCCGCCUGUGCCCGCACAGCCAGCAGAAUCGCCGCUUAUCAGCCUUUCCUUAUGUUCCGUGGCCUUAA